CAAAAACGCAUCGAAAUGCUGCAAUCGUCUAUAAUAUUUUCUGCGGCUAGUAAUUUAUUAAAACAAUCCGGAUUCAAUACGAUCCUUGGAAUCGGGUCUGUUUCGAAAGUGUUGCUUAUCAUAAGGUGUGUAUCAGUGAAUAUUUUGGCUACAAUCGCCGCUUUCGUUGGAUGCGUUUUUCUUCGAGGCUGUUUUUACUUGUGCGUGUAGAGUAUUCAUUGCUGGCUGAUCCAAAUCGAGAUCGCCGAUUCACGAUAAAUAAAAUAAGAUUUUUAUAAGAGGCUAUUGGUCACAAGAAAUGGUGCCACCGUCAGCUAGUAAAUCGAAAAUAAGCCCAGCAUGGGCGUAUUUCGAUAAAAUUGAGGACAAUAAAGUGCGCUGUAAACUAUGCAAUUUGUCGAUCAGUUACUGCCGGAAUACAACAAAUAUGUUGAACCAUCUAAAAAACAAACAUAAGAGUCUCAGCCUACACACAAGAUUAGCGCAUCCAGAUGCAACUACUGCUACAAAUGUCGAUGACGAGAAUGGCAAAGAUGGUGCAAUAGCAUCUGGUACUGAUUCUGAUUCGGAAAUUGAAAGAAGCGAUUGUCAAAAGGCUGCUAUCAUUCGCAAACAACAGCUACAGCCAUCCAUAGUGGAAGCUAUAAGCCGUCCGUUAGCGUUUGCUGCUGAUGGCCCGAGAGGAAUGCAGGUAACGAAUGCGUUAAUAUAUUAUAUCACCAAGGAUAAUCUGUCACUGAAUGCAGUGGACAAACCUGGAUUUCGACGUUUUAUAAAAACUGUGUGUCCUUUGUACAACUGCCCCCUUGAGACCCAGUUUACCAAGCUGAUACAUAAUAAAUACGAAACUUUGAAAGAAACCAUCAGAAACCGCCUCCAUUCAACGGGUAGCAUUUGUCUAACAACAGAUAUAUGGACCGAGAUGAUGAACGUUAAAAGCUACUCGAGAAUAACAGGACAUUUCAUUCAUGACUUCCAGCUUAUGUCUUGUCUGUUGGGAGUUAUCAAGUGCGAUCAAUCGAAAACCGGUGCAUACAUAGCCGACUUACUUUUGGAUUGCUGUAAUGGUUGGGACAUCGAGCUUGAUAAUGUGUCAUGCGUUGUAACUGAUAACGGCGCGAACAUAGUGAACGCCGUGAAACUUCAAUUCGGUGAAAAACGUCACCUUCCUUGCUUUGCGCAUACAUUGAAUUUGAUUGCAAGCAAAUCUGUACCCUUGUAUAACGAAGCGUAUGGAGCAUGUCUGGACCCAGUUAUUGAUUCAGAUGAUGAAGAUGUUGACGAAUCAGAUAUCGACGAUGCUAAACAUAAUUCUCCUGAAGAAAACAUGAUUAUUUUUAUAAAGAAAAUGAAGCGAAUAAUUAAAUUUUUCAAGAAAAGUGAAACUGCGAUGAGGGAAUUGCGAAAGCUACAAGUGAUAGAUGGCAAGAAAGAAGGUCAAUGUCUUAUGCUCAUUCUGGACGUCAAAACCCGUUGGAACUCAAUCAUGGCUAUGAUUGUUCUUACUGAUAGCUGGAUACGUGUCGAGAGUAUUGCUCAUAAUUCCUAA